UCCUGCGUUUCACGUCCCUAGUGCAGUGAGCACUUCACGUGCUGGCAUCUUAACGCAUAUUUCCUUGCAUUUGUAGCAUAAUUUCUCGUUAGUGCAAGAAAUGAUUGCCACCAAUGGAAUCACUGGCCUCGCCCAGAGGUUAGCCUAAGUCCUUUAUUCUACCACGGCACUCCACUGAGAGGUUUACUGUUAGGCCUGAUAAUCGUGUCCGCUCAAAUCGCGGGUUGUCGGAUCUUGGCGGCACUGGCCAAUGAGGAUGAGAAGACGGACACGUCAAUCAAGUCAUUCAUGCUGGAGGGUACGGUCGUCUCAACCAAGCUCCCAUAGAUGAUGGAGGUGUUACAUCUCAUCCCAAGAGGUCUGCCAGCAUCAUUCAAGUACCAGAAGCACACAUUGCCAGAUCUACCAUAUGACUACAGUGCAUUGGAACCCACUAUCUCAGCAGAGAUCAUGCAGCUGCAUCACUCCAAGCAUCAUGCCACCUAUGUUACCAACCUUAAUGUGGCUGAAGAGAAGAUGUUUGAAGCAGCGAAUAAAAAGGAUGUGACAGCCAUGGUCACUCUUCAGCCAGCAUUGAAAUUCAAUGGAGGAGGUCACAUCAACCACUCUAUCUUCUGGCAAAACCUCUCACCCAAUGGUGGUGGAGAACCAUCAGGUGCCCUCAUGGAGCAGAUCAAGAAGGACUUUGGAUCCUUUGAAAAUAUGAAGACUGCGCUUUCCAAUGUUACAACUGCAGUGCAGGGCUCUGGUUGGGGAUGGCUUGGUUACAACAAGGCAAACAAGAUGCUUAAAAUCACCACUUGUGCCAAUCAAGAUCCACUUGAGGGAACCACUGGAUUGGUACCACUGCUAGGCAUUGAUGUGUGGGAGCAUGCUUACUAUCUCCAAUACAAGAAUGUUCGUGCUGACUAUGUCAAAAACAUAUGGAAUGUUGUGAACUGGAAAGAUGUGGAGCAGCGCUUCAAGAAAGCUAGUCUUUAAAGGGAAAGAUCUGUAUCUUCAAAGAUCAAGAAAGUCUCACUGAUAGUGGGAUUCUGUCAGGAUGUAGACAGUUUAUAUUCUCUAACUAAUGAGAUGGGCAAUUGCAGUGUGAUCUAUAUAUUUAAGUGAAUUGUAAUUGACAAUUGUGAUCUUUAUUGAAAUUUUCAUGUUGCAAAUUCUUGCUUCAUCUGUGAAACAACCUCCCUCCCCUACAAGGAAAAUAAAACUGAAAAGACAGGCAUUAUUAUCAGCAAUGGCAACUUUGUCAAGAGGGGUAUGAAAGGGCACCAUGUAUCUCCAAUGAAUGAAUGUUUUAUACAAGGAAGUUUAGGGACUUUGUAGUUGAUGAAUGCGGUCAAGGACUCUCACAGUAACACGAGAAAUGUGAGGCUGAGUGAUCUUGGGUGACUUAGGAGUCCUUGGAUCUGACUCUUGCUUGAAAAUCUGGG